AUGAGCACCAAAAUUACCCCCAAAAAAACAGCAUCAGAAGAUAAAACGAAUAAUAUAAUUGAUUCGGAUGUUUCAAUAGAUAUUCCAGAAAUAUAUCCACCACGGGACAUUACUAAACCACUCAAACCUACGGAAUCUCAAUUGGAAAUUGCUUUUUAUAAUAAGGUACUCAUGGAAUACUACAAAUAUUCAUUUAAAAACGUUUCCAAUAUGAAUUGUUACAUUAAUGAAGCUAUGAAAUCGGAUUUAGUCAAGUUUUCCUUACCACCUGAGUUGUAUCAGACAAAUGCAGAUAUGAAUACGCGAUAA